AUGAAAUUACUUGGCAAAAAUAAAUCUUGCUUUUUGUGGAUUUGCUUUAUCUUUUUGACCUAUACAGUAUAAACAAUAGCUCAAGAAUAGCAGCAAUACCUUCUAUCUCUUGAUUUAAUUUAGAGGAUUGAAGUUCGGAAAUCUCCCCCUGCUUUAAGGGAGAAAAAAAAUGAGACAAAUUAGAGAAACUUAGAAGGCAUUUAAAUGAACAAAAAAUCCACUUAAGGUAUUGAUAAAAUAAAAAGCUAUCUUAAAGCAUCAAGGGAUCUUUCUUUAAACUAAUUUACCACCUAAAGCUAGAUAAAACUCAUUAACGAAACAAAAUCAGAUAAAGUAUCAAGAACAAAAUCUCAAUUAAACAAAAUUAUGCAAGCAAACCCCUAAAACACAGAAUAAUUAACAAAUGCAUACUUAAAUACAGAGAUGGUUAUCUUAUCAUCUUAAAAGCAAGUUAUUGCUUCAAUUUUUGGCUCUUUUGUGUUUCUAAUUUGUUGUUGUUAUUGUUGGAACAGACUCUGCAAGAAAAGUAAAGUCAGAAAUAAUACUAAGAAAGUUUAAUUUCAAAUCUUUCUUUGCAAAAGUAGGAAGUUUAAAAGUUUAAAUAAAUUAUUUGACUAUGGAAAGUCAGAUGAUAGUUGCUAGUUAUUUUCACAACAAAUAAUGCAGAUUUCAGCCCCUAAUCUGAUUGAAGUUAAAUUAGUGGCCUUGAAUCAAGCACAAAACUAAGUGAUAUACUAAGAGCUUGGUUUAGGAGCUACAAACUUUAUCAAUCCAUCAGUUUGA